GCAAUUUUGCUAAAAAUAAAAAUUACUCUUUGUUUUUAUUUGAAAAAAACCCAUUAUUUAUUGUAAUUUCCUGCUCUUGAUUCUGUAUAAUCCUAUUUAUUUUAGUUAAGCUCUAAUUGCAAUGUUUGGACGGAAGAAACCUGAGAGACCCAAAAGGGAACACUCUGGAAACCUAUCGCAGUUUGGUUUCAUGGACAUCCCCAACAACUUCAACCCAAUGGGCCCAGCAGAAGAUUCUGACGGAGGUGACAGCGAUUUAGAGGCAGAAUUAGCUGCUCUAACCGGAGGAAGCGCCUCUAAGCCCAAACAACGAAAGGGCCUAAAAAACCCUUUGACCCAACACCAACUAGACGCUAUUGUAGAUAUAAGUAUCAAUGAUAACGAAGAAGAUGAAGAUGUUGAUGAAAACGAUCCUGAUUUGUUGAGCGAGCUACAAGAAAUCACUGGGGAUGAUGAAGAAGAUUUGCCAUCCACUGAUGAGUCUCCUUCAAAAGCUGCUUCAGGGGAUGUUGAAAAUAUUUUAACAAAUCGUAUUAGAAACUAUCAGACAGCUGAAGCUGAUGCAAAUUCUGCUGGUGAAACUAGCAAAGCCAAAAGAUUUGGCAGGGCUAUAAAGACCUUGAAUGAUUUACUUAAAAAGGCAAAAAAGGGAGAAGUUAUUGAUCUAAAUGAUGACACAAUACCUCCAGAAAUUACUAUAAAACCAAAACAGCCUCAAAAUGACAGCCCUGUAGAAGCUCUAGUACCUUCUAGGCCAGCUCCUCAAACACCUUUACCUGAUGUUGUUCAAGAAAAUGUAGCCAAAGCCAAACAGGAAAUUGAUGAGGAACUAUUAAAUAUGUUAUUAGGAAGACAAAAAGAAUACAAACUAGCAGCUCUUCAAGCUAAAAAGUCCAAUGACACUGAAACUGCCUUAGGAUAUUUAAAAAUAGCCAAAGUAUUCGAUCAUGUAAUUGAGGCAGUAAAAGCUGGCCAAGCUGUUGAUUUAUCUGACAUGCCUGGACCGCCUGGUCAGAAUGUUUUGGAAAAGCUACAAGAAGCUGAAAAACAAAAACAGGCCAGCCCAGACAUACCAGCACCUGUUGCUGACUUGGAACCUCAACUGAUUACAGCCACAACUGUAGAAGAAGCUUUACAGCAAAGAAUCGAAUUUUACAAAAACUAUGAGAAAAAAGCAAAGGAGGAAGACGAUAAUAGUAAAGCUAGAAGGUUUGGGCGAAUUGUCAAACAAUACGAACAAGCUAUAAAAGCCCAUAAAGCUGGAAAACAAGUCGAUUUCAAUGAACUUCCCACUCCUCCAGGAUUUGGACCAAUACCAGGAACCGCUUCACCACCACCACCACCACAACCAAAACCCACUCCUAUUGACAAACCAAUACCUUCAAGAAUCUCAGGCAACAAACUUUCAACAACACAUCAAGAAAAACAAGUUCUCAUCUUGCAAGCCAAACAAAAACAAUUCAAACUGGCGGCCCUCAAUGCCAAAAAAAAAGGAGAACUAAACGAGGCCAAAGAGUUUUUGAAACAAGCCAAAGGCUUUGACAAGUUGAUUGAGGCCGCUCAAGCAGGUUUGCCUGUGGAUUGGGGCACUAUUCCUGUGUCCCCCGAUGCCAAGUCACAGUUGGACAAUGAAUAUGAUAUUGUAAUGGCUGAUGAAUGUACAGAAAAUGAUGAUGGGGCUAUUGAUGUUUUGAGUAGGUUGGAGGUUCAGUUGACUAAGCAGUUGAAGAUGUGUUUGACUACUAGGGAUCAUAAUAAGGCUUUGGGUGAUGUUGCAGGGACAAAUAGGUUUGAGAGGUUGGCACUAAAUGUAACUAAAGAUUUGGACGUGGUAAGGGUAGCAAAAAGAACAGGAGGAGGCAAAAUCCCCAAAUUCCAUUACGAAAUUAAAGAAUUUGCUAUAGUAAAAAGCUUCACUGAAUUGACCGACAACGACUUGGAAUUGCUGAUAGUCAGAGGCAUCAAUUAUCGAUCCGACAACCCCAAGGAUAUAGAUACUUAUGUUAAAUUUGAAUUUCCUUUUCCACAGGAAACUCCUUAUGCAGACAAAACUUCUACAGUUAGAGACACCAACAAUCCUGAUUAUAAUCAAACGUUUGUAAUUCCUAUACAAAGAAAUUCCAGGCAAUGCCAGAGGGCGUUCAAGAGACACGGUAUUAAAUUUGAUGUUUACGCUAAAGGGUGCGACUGUGGUUGCGCUAGCGACAUUUUUUCCUGUUUUAGCGGAUUUUUCCGGAGCGAUUCGCUUGUCGGUACUGUCAACUUAAAACUGCAACCGCUCGAGACUCAAUGUGAAAUUCACGAUAGUUUUGAUCUGAUGGAUGGUAGAAGAAAAACUGGUGGAAAGCUGGAGGUGCGUUUGCGAAUCAGGAAUCCCAUAGCGACGCAGCAAGUGGAACAAAUUCAAGAAAAAUGGCUGAUAAUUGAUCAAUAACUUUUCUGAUUUAUUAGAAAACUGCAAAAGCAUUCCAGAAGUGAUUUGGGAUAGGUAUUUUAUCAAGAUUGAUUUUUGCUGCCUUACAAGUUAAUAUAAAAGCAAUCAGAUAAUUUGUACAGCUUCAAUAUCCUGUUUGAUCUAAUAUCGUAGUGCCUUUAAUUAAUGGUUUUUGUGUUGUGAUUUGUGAAUAUAUUUUAUUUUAAGCUUAAUCUGUAUAUAAUGUUAUAUGAGAAUUAUAUUUUAAUUGCUUUUUGA